AAUAAACAAAAAAGCUUACUCAUCUUUAAUACAAAUCGAUAAUUACAUUCACAAAGAAAUCAUGAAUCGAAAUUUUAUUUUUGCAUUCGUUUUAUUGGCUAUUCUUUCAACGGUCUAUGCACUUCCAUUUGAACUUGAUGGUUUAAAUGGUAUAAAUCCACCAUUAUGUCCUGUAAAUGCAGAACAUUUAACUUUAACAGUUUCUCCUAGUCCUAUCGUUUCUGGAUCACCCUUUACUUUGAAUGUUUCCGGAAAACUAAAUUCAGAAGUCCCUCAAAAUGUCCUAUUUAAUGCCGCAUUUCUUAAAACUGAUACUUUUGAAAUAUUAGGUACCUUCAGUGAUGAUAUUUGUAGUAGUCCAGGAAUUACAUGUCCAAUUCCGGCUGGAACCGAUUUUAGUACAACAAUUGAAAAAGUAGCACCAGCAGGUUUACCUGCGUCAUUUGUGGUUGGGGCUGUUAUUGUUGCUCAAGGUGGUACUACUAUAGCCUGUACAUUUAUUGAAGUUUCUCCUAAUCCUAUCGUUCAUGGAUCAUCCUUUACUUUUAAUGUUUCCGGAAAACUAAAUUCAGAAAUCCCUACAGAUUUUUGUGCUAGUCCAGGAAUUAGUUGUCCAAUUUCGGCUGGAACCGAAUUUAGUACAGGAAUUCAUAAAACAGCACCAGAUCUGAGUCAUUUGUGAUUGGGAC